AUGUCUGAUCCUUGGGGCACCACUGACGAUGCUUGGGGCACUGGCAAUACCUCCGCUGGCAAUGGCAUCCCCAACGAUGACCCCUGGAGCAACCCCAAGGGCGGUGAUGGCGGGGACGGCGGCGAUGGAGGCGAUCGUGCCUGCUUCAACUGCGGCCAGACUGGUCACAGCAAGGCUGAUUGCACCGAGCCUCGCAAGGCUUUCGAUGGCACUUGCAACGCCUGCGGUGAGCAGGGCCACACUCGCCGCGAUUGUCCCUCCGCUCCUGCCAUGACCUGCCGCACCCGCGGCGAGGAGGGUCACAUGCGCAAGGAGUGCCCCAACAAGGGUCCUGAUCUUUGCCGCAACUGUUGUGAGGAGGGCCACGCGACCGUUGAUUGCAAGAGCCGUCGCAAGAUCGACUUCACGAAGGUUGAGGAUGUCGAUGCUGACAAGGCCUGGGAGGAGAUCCACGAGGCUAUCCAGGAGCGCGACGGCGUUGAAGCCAAGGAGUCCAUCCAGAAGUACCUCAAGCACUACCCUGAGAUGGGAUAUGUCGAGCUGGAGAAUGCUUUCCGCGCCCAGGAGAUGAACAUCUACCUCAUCGCUACUGAGCGUGUCUUGGCUCCCACCCACACCAAUAUGGAUCUCCAGGGUAACUUGGACAAGAAGUACACUGUCCAGUACCGCUUUUCUGCGCAGCCUGACCGCCAGCGCGAGAAGGCUAACUGGCCUGCCUCCCCCGAGGAGAACCUGGCCCGCCUUGAAGAUGCUGGAGAGCCCGUUUCCCGUCUUAUGCAGAAGUGCAACAACUGUAACGAGCUUGGCCACAACUCCAAGGAGUGCCCUCAAGACCCCAUGGAGAAGGCCCGCGUGACCAUCGCCUGCUACAACUGCGGCGAAGAGGGUCAUCGUGUUCGCGAUUGUCCUACUCCUCGCAUUGACAAGUUCGCUUGCAAGAACUGCGGCCAGUCUGGUCACAAGGUCUCCGAUUGCACUGAGCCUCGCAAGGCUGGCGAUGACGUGGAGUGCAACAAGUGUCACGAGAUGGGCCACUUCUCUCGAGACUGCCCUCAGGGUGGUGGCGGUGGUCGUGCAUGCCACAACUGCGGCCAGGAGGGCCACGUCUCCCGGGAGUGCCCUGAGCCUCGCAAGAUCAAGUGCCGCAACUGCGAUGAGGAGGGUCAUCUCUCCAAGGAUUGCGAGAAGCCCGUUGACAUCACCCGCAUCAAGUGCAACAACUGCGGCGAGAUGGGCCACAAGAGUUUCAAGUGCCCCAACCCUCCCAAGGAGGACAUUGAUGACUUCGGCGCCUCCAACGCCGCCCCCGCCAACACCGAUACCGGUGAUGCUUGGGGCACCGGCGGUGGGUCUACCGAGGACACUGGCGCUAGCGGUUGGUAA